AUGUUUCUUCGCUCUAUGCUACUGGGUGGCGCUGCUGCCCUCGGCGCCAGCGCUGUCCUGGUCGUUCCCGAGAUGGAGCCUAAGGUCGACGCCGUCAAAGAUGGCUUCAUGAAUGUCCAUCCGAUGCUGCUGGCAGAUGCCCAGCAGGCAGUGGUUGACCUGCCCUGUACCGAAUGUCCAUUUCGAGAAGUUGAUGAGAAGGGCACUGUCAGCUGGACUGAUGGCAUACCCUCAACCUUGAUGCUGGAUUUCUCUGUCGUUGAUAACCGUCUGCUGGCCAACGGUCGCCAAAUCUUCCCUCCCGGCCCUGCCUCUCCCAUCCUGGCUGUUCAACAACGGGUAGAUGGCAAGGACUCUGACCCCAUUCCCGUUGGCUAUGCUCUUCAGACCGGUGUCAUGGCCGCCAAAUCCGAUGAGCCUGAUGUGAAGAUGGCUGAGGUUCGCUUCACUGUCUUCAACCUGGAGGGCCAGCCUGUUCCCGUUGAUACGGUGGCAAUUACUGUCAUUCAAGACGCCCAGGGGCUGCUCUUGAUUGCCCGCGCUGAAAUUGAAAAGACAGCUCCUCCCUCGGGCAGUAUCUCGUGGAAGGAUUGCCAGGGCAAGGGCAAGGCCAAGUGCAUGCAGGAGUUGAUGGUUGCUCGUGUGCAGGGCCUGCUGACAGCUGCCAAGGCACGGGUGAUGGGUAUGGCAUCUGGCCGCAAGCCUUGCCACGGAAAGCACAAGGGCAAGGGCAAGCACAUGAUGGGACACCAUGGCCACAAGGAUGCGAUUGCUGCUGCUCUUUUCCCUGGGCUCGAGGGCGAGGGUUUCAAGCACGGCGACCACCCUCACCACCCUCACCACCCCCACCACAUGCACCGUGGUGCCUUUGCCCGUGCCUUCUCUCGUAUGGUGCGAUUCAUUGUUGUCCCGGCUGUUCUGGGUGUCCUAGCUGGUUUGACGGCCAGUGCCGUUGGCAUGCUGAUCGGACAGCUCGUGGUUUCCCUCUGGCAGCGCUACCGGGGCACCAAGCCCCAGGAGCACCGGGCUGCCUGGGAAGAUGGUGAUGCGUGCGAGAAGCAGGGUCUGAUGACCGAGCCUGAGGAUGUGCUUCCCGUGUACACCGAGGAGCCUUCAGAGACCCGAGUGUCGACAGACAAGACCUAA